AUGGCGAACCACGCAAUCGUUAUCAAGAGUGCCGGAAAAGCAGAGUUGGUCGAGGCAUCGGUCCCUACGCUUCGGGAAGACUACCUCCUCGUCAAGGUCAAAGCGGUGGCUCUGAACCCUACGGAUAUCCUCCACAUCGACCUGCUUGCACCUGUGGGGGCUCGCGUCGGAUGCGACUAUGCGGGAGUCGUUGAAGAAGUAGGAGCGAACGUGACAAAAUCCUUCAAGAAAGGAGAUCGUGUUGCUGGCGUCGCCCAUGGUUCGAAUGCUGUUCAUCAUGAGGACGGCACUUUCUCAGGAAUCAUCACCGUCAAAGGAGACCUCCAGAUCCAUAUCCCUGAGAACCUCGGUUUCGAGGAGGCUGCAACACUCGGGAUCGGGAUCACCACUGUCGGUCAAGCCCUCUACCAGAGUCUGGGACUUUCAUUGCCAGGAGAAGGCCAGAAGGAUUUGUCUCCAAUUUUGAUCUAUGGUGGCUCCACAGCGACCGGCUCCCUUGCAAUUCAAUACGCAAAGCUGUCUGGAAAGACAGUCAUCGCCACCGCCUCUGCACGCAAUUUCGAUCUUGUCAAGAGACUUGGUGCUGACGAAGUGUUUGACUAUACUUCAUCGACGUGUGCCAGUGACAUCAAAAAGUAUACAAAGGGUGAAUUGACUCUUGCCUUUGAUUGUAUCUCCAAGGGCAACAGCACCCAAAUUUGCAUCGAGUCCAUGAGCGACAAAGGAGGGAUCUACACCACUUUAUUGCCAGUCCCUGGAGACAAGGUGUCGGCGAUCAACGACAAAGUCGAGAACAAGUCCACCUUGGCAUAUACUGCGAUUGGGGAGGCGAUUCAAUUCGGACCUCAGCAGAUACCAGCGAUUCCGUCCCACUUCGAGUUCGCAAAGAAAUUCUGGUCCAUCAGUGAGAAGCUUUUAGCGGAUGGUGACAUCAAGGUACAUCAACUUGCAAUAAAUGAGGGUGGUAGUGGCCUAGAGGGCGUCCUCGAGGGGUUGAAGAUGGUCAGAGCUGGUGAUGUGAGAGGUCGGAAACUUGUUUAUACUAUCUAG